AUGGCGGCUGGAAUCACUCAGAAGAUUACCGACUGGGUUAACCCCAAUGAUAAGUCGGGCGAGUUCAAGCGGCAGCAGUCGAUGUUCCGUAAUUUCAUCUCCCGCGAGCCUGGCGCGCAGUUCCCGCCGGAGAAGGGCCGCUACCAUCUCUAUGUUUCCUAUGCUUGCCCGUGGGCUCACCGCACUCUGAUUACCCGCAAGCUCAAGGGUCUGGAGGAUAUCAUCUCUUUCUCGUCAGUCCACUGGCACCUCGCCGAAAAGGGAUGGCGCUUCCCUACUAGCGAUGAGAAGCUUCCGGGUGAGAACACCGUCCCCGACCCUCUCCACCGGGAAUUCACCCAUCUCCGCGACAUCUACUUCUCCAAUGACCCGGACUAUACCGGCCGGUUCACAGUCCCCGUCCUCUUCGACAAGAAGACCAACCUAAUCGUCAGCAACGAGAGCGCCGAAAUUAUCCGCAUGCUCUACUACGAAUUCGACAACCUCCUCCCAGAACAAUUUAAAUCCGUCGACCUAUAUCCGCAAAGCCUGCGGAGCCAAAUCGACACCUCCAACGAAUGGAUCUACAACGACGUUAACAACGGCGUCUACAAAUCCGGCUUCGCAACGACCCAAGAAGCUUACGAAAAGGCCGUAACCACCCUCUUCAACUCCCUCGACCGAGUCGAAACCCACCUGUCAAAGCAGCAGUCCACCUCACCCUACUUCUUCGGCGACAGCGUCACAGAGGCGGAUAUCAGACUGUUCACGACGAUUAUCCGCUUCGACCCUGUGUAUGUGCAGCACUUUAAGUGCAAUCUGCGUGACAUCCGUUCCGGGUUCCCGAACAUCCACCGUUGGGUCAGAGGGCUUUAUUGGGAUGUGCCGGCGUUUGGGGAGACGACAGAUUUCGAACACAUUAAGAAUCAUUAUACGAAGAGUCAUAAGCAGAUUAAUCAGUUUGCGAUCACGCCGCUUGGGCCGGUGCCGGAUAUUUUGCCGAAGAAUGAGGAGGUUCCGGCUGUUAAAGCGCAAGGUUGA